GCAGCCUCUGCAUCUGCAGCCGCAACAGCCGGAGCAGCCUCUGCAGCAACACCCCAAAUUCAGACGCGCACGCGGUCUGUACCGACACGCGCGGCGACUUACAGCCUUCGGAGCAGCACGAAAGUUUCCCGAAUCCGCAGCAGCCACAGCCGUGAAAGCAGCAGCAAGACUGCUGUGCAAGGGGCUAGUGGCCAUCGAUGUUCCUCUUCUCCCAACGUAACCAAGGUUUUGGGGAAAAAAAUCUUGACUCCUGCUGCUGCUGCCGCUUCCCCUUUAGGAAAGAGGAGACGCGCCGCUCGCUUGAGGAGGACACAGCAAAGAAUUUCUGCAGCUCAAGCCUUCUGGCAGAGAAUCUUGGAAGAGCUUUCUGAAGCUCCUGGGAAGUGCGACGUUUGUGGAGGCGCAGAAGCCACAGAGGAAAACGCCAUUCUGUUCUGCGAUGCAUGCGAUGUGCCCGUCCACCUGAAUUGUUAUGGCGUUGAAGCUGUCCCACCAGGAGAUUGGUACUGCGAUUACUGCCAAGAUGUGCUAAGGCAAGAGGUAGCGGCGGCCGAAGCAGCAGCGGGAGAGGCCUCGCAGCCAGCAGCCGCAGCAGCGAAAGCGGCAAUGGCUAGUCAUCUCCCUGCACCUAGCAGCAGUAGUAGCAGCAGCAGCAGAGGCAGUCGUAGCACAAAAAUGCGGCCACAGGAAGAUCUCCACGCACCCUUCCCCCGCUGCUGUUGGCUCUGUCCCAGACGCUCUGGCGCGCUUGUGCGAACUGUGGAGGGCCCUUGGGUGCAUGUUGCAUGUGCUCUCUGGACCCCCGAGUUGGAAGUAGUUAGCCGUGGAGCAAGCGCAGCGUCUCUACCUGUUGCCGCUUCUGGCGGUAUGCGGGCUGCCGGAGAGCCGCUCCCGGGAGUCUCUACAAGAGGGAGCAAUCGCAACUGCGGCAGCGAUGAGGCCUCCAAGGCGCUCAGCAGUGACAGCAGUCAAGGGCCAUCAUUUCAAGGCAUGCAAAGUGGAUGUACUGCCGGCAGCACACACAAAGUAAACAAUACUGCUGGUGAUCUGAGGUUGUUGCAGUUGUUGCUCUUGAUGUGGGAUACGUCUCGCGGUUGGGGCAACACGGUGUGCGCUGCGGAGGCAGCAAAGGCCCCUUCGGCAAGCUUGUAG